GGGGCAUUAUUUUACCAUGAACGCUAGGUUGUGUUUGGUUGUGUACUGUGGCGAAGUCGCACUUUUAAGAGCUUGAUCGAGCAGCGGCAGUAAUUUUGUUUCAAUAAGUUAAAGUAUAGAGGUGGUAGGCUGAAAUAACUUAUUGGUCUGACUCGUCCAUGAGAGCACACUAAAAUGCCACUGUCUCAUUUUGAUGAGCGGAGUGGUGCCGUGAGUUGCCCAACACCCUGGGGUCGCUGGUGGCAGACAGUCGGUGAAGUGUUUGUCGAGAUUGAAGUUCCCAAAGGCACACGAGGCAAGGACGUUCGAAUCCAGAUCACUCCCAGACACAUUUCUUGUGCAGUGCAUAGCAAAGAACUCUUUUGUGGGAAUCUUCAUCGCACUGUUGUUGCUGAUGAAUCAACAUGGACCAUUGAAGAGCGGCAGCGGGUGUUGAUUUUGCUUGUUAAGACAGAACCUGCUAAUUCGGAAAAGGUGUGGGAAUCAUUGCUUGAUGGACAGUAUGCACCAGAUCCACAGAUCAUGCAUGAGAUGAUGAAGAAACUGGACCUGGAGAAGUUUCAAAUAGAGAACCCAGGCUUUGACUUCAGUGGAGCCAAACUAGAUAAAGCAUAUGACCGCAUUCCAGGCCUUCAUGACGGCACUUUAGAAAGUCAAGCAAUGGGACUUCAUCUGGAACAGGCCAAGGAUGAAUCUGCUGCCAGGCUGGAUUCUAAAGCCGGAAGCUUUUCUUUGUAACCAAGUUUUCAGGCCUGCCUUCGUCUUCCUUCACCAGCAUUUGUUCCUUCAACAUUUAUUGUUUGUUUUUCUAUGAGGCAUGUGUUUGUAAUUUGCCCUGUAAAAUUCUGUGUGGACGGAUGUGUCAGCAAUUCUUUUGCCUUGAGUUUUAGGCCUAGUUAGAAUCACUGCAAAGAUUCUAAAUAUGUAUGUCAGGUUAAAACACAAAGAACAUGACUUGUAAGAAGUUAUAUGCAGCAGCUCAAACUGCAUAUAAAACAUUGACAGUGAUGUAGUGAUCGUGUCUUUUUUAGAUUAACUGAAGCUUUUGCUGCAUCAAGCUUCCACGUAUCACUCCGGCUUCUAUGCUGUCAAAAAGUGGCUGGACUGCAUUAGCCUCACAUUAUUCAACCAGAGAAGCUACACAGUGUACUGGAUAUUUCUUGCAUUUAAAAUUUCACACGACUCACAUUCUUUUGUAUACCAGCAUGGAAAUAUGAUUGGGGCAUUCAUACCAAGGAUGGUGUGACUUUCACCACAAAAGAAGGUAAAUGUAUCAAGGUGAAGCACUUUAUAUUUUUGUUAUUGUUGUGACUCCUUUUUUUGUUUAGUCAAUGAUGGAUGUUGUCAUAGAAUUAUUUGCUUGCUAGACCUGUGAAGUUGGUAUGUGGCCAAAACAAGAUUGGAAGCCCCAGUUAGCAUUGAAGCAUCAGUGACUUGCCAAACGCUAGCAGUUAAAAAAGCUAGUAGGCAAAUUUUGAAGGUUUAAGUAAAGGCACAUGUUUUAUUGAAAGAAAUAGGUCACAUACCUUGAUUUGGGUGAGUUGGUUAAUCUUGACAGUGUUCAUAAAACAGCACUGAAGACGAAAAGAACACACCCUCCCGUCAGUGCCUGUUGUGUUGUAUCUGUUCUUUUCGUAUUCAUCUUUAGCACUGUUUUAUGAACACUGUCAAAAUAGGCCUGAGUGCAUUUUAAUGAUGGCUGGCAGUAUCUGACCCAGUGACUAAAACAUAGCUGACAAUUGCCCAAGUAAAAACAAAAGCUUUAUGCAUCUCUAUGUUAAUGUGGAUGGUGCCUUAUAGCAAUGUGUGGACUCAACACAUAUAUUACUUGAGGCCUGGGAAGGUCUUAUCGGAAAGCGUAAAGCAUUAAAUGGUUUCUAAACCCACUGUCUUGCACAAGUACUUUUGGUUUCUUUGAAAAUGCCUACGCCGUUGUCUGUAAGCUUGUAAAUGUGCAAAAUGACUUGGUGUGUUUUUUAAAAAUGUGAGAACAUGUGUGCCGGUGUUUGUGCUACUCUUUUCAGUACUGCUCAGUGCUACCUCAGACUGUUGCAUGCCCAACAGGCAAAAAGGAAUUGCAGGAGCUGCUUUGAGCAGUUGCAGGGGAUGAGUUUUACUUCCUCCGUGUUGCCCUGGAGUGUAUGUUAUUUGCAUCAUGGUAUGAAAGAAUAAAUGUCUGUCACACUUUGAA